UAUUUUACAGUUGGGAUGUCAAUCUACAAAUUUGGAAAAGACAAAGAAUCUUCUGAUAAGAAGGACGGGGCGAUUGAGAUAGCGAUUGAGGCACCAGAAGGUGUUCCUGAGACUACCGUAAUGGCCCCAGAGGAACUGACGGAUCAUAACACAUUGACGUUUGUUGACGGAGCCCACGAAACUGACGUGUGCGAUGGCAUAUCAGCUUUCAACUUAGGAAUAGAGGAAGAUGCAGAAUCCUCUGCUCAUUUGGAGAGUAUCUCUGAGAGUCGACCACAGAAGUGUGUGGAUAAUUCAUCUGGAGCUGCAGGUCAAACAGGAAGAAAUACAUUAAGUGAACAAAUAGAAGGUGUGUCUUAUAUAUCAUCUUGCACUAAUGGAUCAAGAAACUUUGAGAUGACGUGCGAGACCACGUCCACCCCAACAGCACGGGCCCCUCAUUGCUCCACCAUCGCCACCGGGCUGCACCACCACCAGUUCGCCGUGGGUAAUGACAUUGCUGCGCUUGUGGUCGACAGUGGCUCCGGCAUGUGCAAAGCCGGCUUUGCAGGCAAUGAUGCCCCCCGGGCCAUCUUCCCCUCCAUCUUGGGAUGCCCCCGGUACCAGGGCGUCAUGGUGGGCAUGGGCCAGAAAGACUCCUAUGUGGGUGAUGAGGCCCAGAGCAAGAGAGGCAUCCUGACCCUCAAGUACCCCAUUGAGCAUGGCAUCGUCACCAACUGGGAUGACAUGGAGAAGAUCUGGCACCACACCUUCUAUAAUGAGCUGCGUGUGGCCCCCGAGGAGCACCCCAUGCUACUGACUGAGGCCCCCCUGAACCCCAAGGUGAACCGUGAGAAGAUGACCCAGAUCAUGUUUGAGGCCUUCAACACCCCAGCCGUGUACGUGGCCAUCCAGGCCGUGCUGUCCCUGUACACCUCUGGCUGCACCACUGGCAUCGUGGUGGACUCUGGUGAUGGGGUCACUCACACUGUGCCCACCUAUGAAGGGUAUGCCCUCCCCCACACCAUCCUGCGUCUGGACCUGGCUGGCCAGAACCUGACGGAUUACCUCAUGAAGAUCCUCACGGAGCGUGGCUACAGCUUCACCACCACGGCCGAGCGGGAGAUCGUGCGUGACAUCAAGGAGAAGCUCUGCUACGUCGCCCUGGACUUGAAGCAGGAGAUGGCCACCGCCGCCUCCAGCUCCUGCCUGGAGAAGAGCUACGAGCUGCCCUAUGGUCAGGUCAUCACUGUCGGCAGCGAGCGCUUCCACUGCCCCAAGGCUCUCUUCCAGCCCGCCUUCCUGGGCCUGGAAGCCUGUGGCAUCCACGAGACUACUUUCAAGUCCACUAUGAAGUGUGAUGUGGACAUCCGCAAGGACCUGUACGCCAACACGGUGCUGUCCGGUGGGACCACCAUGUACCCUGGCAUCACCAGCAGGAUGCAGAAGGAGCUCACCACCCUGGCCCCCAGCACGGUGAAGGUCAAGAUCAUCACACCCCCCGAGCGCAAGUACUCCGUGUGGAUGGGCGGCUCCAUCCUGGCCUCGCUGCCCACCUUCCAGCAGAUGUGGAUCAGCAAGCAGGACUACAAUGAGUCCGGCCCCUCCAUCGUCCACCGCAAGUGCUUCUAGGCGGACUGAGUUACCGUCCAUCGUUGUUGUGACAAAACCUAACUUUGGUGGAAAAGGAGAUGAGUGGCAUAGCUUUAUUUUGUUUUGUUUUCUUAUUUCCUUAAAAAAAAUUUUUUUUUGGUACUUGACUCAAGAUUUAAAAACAGUGAAGGUGACAGCAGGCAGUUGGAUCAAGCAUCUCCAAAGUUCUACCUUGUGACCAAGGACUUUGCACAUUUUUUAAAAUAGUCACCCCAAAUAUCCUGAGAUGCAUCGUUACAGGAAGUCCCCUGCCUUCCCAAAACUACCCAGCUUCUCUAAGGAAGUCCUUGCGGAAGUCCACACGGGAGGGUGAUGGCAUUGCUUUUGUGUAAGUGAUGUUCUGCAAAUAAAAAAAAACUGUACCUUAA